CUGGUUCAGGACCAUGGAGAGCAGCCCCAGCAGCCCGCGGCCUCCGCAGUCGGACCCCCUGGAGGCUUUCCCCCAGAAGAGCCUGGAGCCUGGAGACAUCGCGGUGCUGGUGCUUUACUUCAUUUUCGUCCUGGCUGUUGGACUCUGGUCCACGGUGAAGACCAAAAGAGACACGGUGAAAGGCUACUUCCUGGCUGGAGGGGACAUGGUGUGGUGGCCAGUGGGCGCAUCCUUGUUCGCCAGCAAUGUCGGAAGUGGACAUUUCCUUGGUCUGGCGGGGUCAGGGGCUGCUGUGGGUAUCUCGGUCACUGCUUAUGAGCUGAAUGGUUUAUUUUCUGUGUUGAUGUUGUCGUGGAUCUUCCUCCCCAUCUACAUCGCUGGCCAGGUCACCACGAUGCCCGAGUACCUGCGGAGGCGCUUCGGGGGCAGCAGGAUCUCCAUCACCCUGGCGGUGAUCUACCUGUUCAUGUACAUCUUCACCAAGAUAUCGGUGGACAUGUAUGCGGGCGCCAUCUUCAUCCAGCAGUCUCUGCACCUAGACCUCUACCUCUCGGUGGUGGGGCUCCUGGCCAUCACGGCUCUGUACACCGUUGCAGGUGGCCUGGCGGCGGUGAUCUACACAGACGCUCUGCAGACUGUGAUCAUGCUCCUGGGCGCUCUCAUCCUGAUGGGCUACAGUUUUGCUGCGGUGGGCGGGAUGGACGGGCUGAAGGAGAAGUACUUCUGGGCCCUGGCCAGCAACCGGAGCGCGAACAGCAGCUGCGGGCUGCCCCGGGAGGACGCCUUCCAUAUCUUCCGAGAUCCGGUGACGUCUGACCUCCCGUGGCCGGGGAUCCUGUUUGGAAUGUCCAUCCCAUCCCUCUGGUACUGGUGCACGGAUCAGGUGAUCGUUCAGCGGACCCUGGCUGCCAGGAACCUGUCCCAUGCCAAAGGAGGGUCCCUGCUGGCCGCGUACCUGAAGGUGCUUCCCCUGUUCAUAAUGGUGUUCCCUGGCAUGGUGAGCCGCGUCCUCUUUCCAGAUCAGGUGGCUUGUGCACACCCAGAAAUCUGCCAGAAGGUCUGCAGCAACCCCUCCGGCUGCUCCGACAUCGCCUACCCCAAGCUGGUGCUGGAGCUGCUGCCCACAGGCCUGCGUGGGCUCAUGAUGGCUGUGAUGGUGGCGGCUCUCAUGUCCUCCCUCACCUCCAUCUUUAACAGUGCCAGCACCAUCUUCACCAUGGAUCUGUGGAACCACAUCCGGCCACGGGCCUCUGAGAAGGAGCUCAUGAUUGUGGGCAGGGUGUUUGUAGUUCUGCUGGUGUUGGUGUCCAUCCUGUGGAUCCCCGCGGUCCAGGCCAGCCAGGGCGGCCAGCUCUUCAUCUACAUCCAGUCCAUCAGCUCCUACCUGCAGCCGCCGGUGGCCGUGGUCUUCAUCCUGGGCUGCUUCUGGAGGCGGGCCAACGAAAAGGGUGCCUUCUCAGGCCUGAUCUUGGGCCUGUUCCUAGGCUUGAUCAGGCUGGUCCUAGACUUUAUUUACGUGCAGCCGCUGUGUGAUCAACCCGACGAGCGCCCUGCGGUGGUGAGGGACGUCCACUACCUCUACUUCUCCAUGAUCUUGUCCACGGCCACCCUGAUCACUGUGUGCACCGUGAGCUGGUUCACMGAGCCGCCCUCCCAGGAGAUGGUCAGUCGCCUGACCUGGUUUACGCGGCACGACCCCAGGGUCCAGAAGGAACCGGUUCCACCAGCCAUUCCCCUGCCUCUUACGCUAUCUCAGAAUGGGACCCCAGAGACCACCAGCACCGGCAUGCAGAAUGAGAUUGUUCAAGAAAACAUGUCCAAACCCCACAGCUGUGAUGUGACCCCAAAGCGGUCCAAAGUAGUGAAGGCCAUCUUGUGGCUCUGUGGAAUGGAGAACAAGGGCAAAGAGGAGCCCCCAGGCAAAGUGGAACCCGUGAUAGAUUUCUUGGAGGAAAACCCCAUUGUGAAAACCCUUCUGGAUGUCAACUGCAUUGUCUGCAUGACCUGCGCCAUCUUCCUGUGGGGCUACUUUGCUUAAUGCAGAGUGGACCCAGGGGGUCCAAGUUCUCAGUUUGUUUUGGAUGUCUUGUUAUUUUUUAAUGAAGUAAUAAUAAUAAUAAUAAUAAAGCUUUUGUUU